UAUAAGUUGGUGUGCGCGUUGCGCUGCGAACCGAUGCGCCUCCUCGUUUUCCCCGUGCAUGCUGUGAUCUGCUGAUUCGGCGUCGCAAGGAACGGGCACAACAGGUGGAACAGUGCCGCGACUGCAGCGAUGGCCUCGCAUCCCUGGAAGGCCAUCAUCACAUAGCACCACGCUAUAAACGAAAAAUAGCAUCAACGUCUCAACAGCGCCAAGUGGCGAAUCCCGUGGGCGAGACCGAGCUCACCUAAAAAAUCGACUCGCACAAGGCGUGUCAUAGAGCGUCUUGGCAGACCCGCGGGCUGCAGAUAAUGAACAUGGCGCGACCCCAGCUAGAAGCUGUCUUCUGACCUCAUACAAGCCAAGGCCACCUCUCCCACGAACUUCAACAAGAACCCUUCGGUACAGCCUAGUUGAAGACAAGCGUAGCCAACGGUUACUGGCAGUGCCCAGCGCACGCGGCAGUGCGCACACUUUGCUCCAACAUCCGGGCCCGACGUGCGGCACGAGCACCCUCCGUGCUAAACAAGCACUGCCUCAUAAAGACCAGGGCAUUUCGGCUGCCGAGCGGCCGCGGUGGAGCACUGCCAAACUGAAAGCCCCAGCAGACGCGGCUUCUCUUGACCGGCUCAGAUCGAGUGCCGGCAGGACAGGGUGAAACAGAAUGACAGCAACAGCGUGUGCCGAAAACGCUGGCCCUUCUGUAAGAUGACCUGGAUUCGCCCUGCAGCGUCGAACAUGCACCUGCGAUGUGCCCAACCCUUUCUACACAUGUGGCGACGAAGCACAGGACCGAACAAUAUUUUUUGGCCCCGAAGAGGGAUGCGAGAGGAGAGGGCCGAGAGGAGAGCGGGGGCGGGGAGGAAAAGGUGAAGGGAGUUGGCGAUCCCACUGCUCUGUUCAAAACGAGAACCCAGCCAAGGGAGGGCUGGGAAAAAGGGGAGGAGCCCUGUCCUCCCAAAGCGGCACGCAGGUCGCCGUACCUAAUCGCCAGGGGCGAUGACCGCAAGCGAGCUCACUCCCUGCAUUGGAUCUACAAGACCAGAUCAACAUGAGAAGACAAGAGAAGCCUCAGGCCCACCUCUUUCAUUCAUUGGUGGUUCUGCACUACCCUUCUCACGACAGCGGGUUCCGUGCCACAGCAAUGCCCC